AUGGUCCAAUUAUGGCAAGUGGAGCGCCCGGAGCUGGCCUUCGACUAUCAGAACCCGAAAUAUCGUGUAUUUUGCAAUAUGGUCCAUAGUAAGCCAGCCUGCUUCCUCGUAUUGCUAAUCUGCCUCAAGAUGGCGGCCAUCUACUUGAUCUCGCUGGUGAAUGGGAACUAUUGGUCGUUGGCGGUCAUCCUACUCCCCAUGCAACUGAUCGCUGGCCUCAUACUCUUCAUCGGGCUUCGAGCUGAAAAAGAGAGACCACUCUUUGUCUUCCUGUUUCUUACGCUGCUCUUCAUCGUCAUUCAACUCACACUCAUUGUUCGUUACAUCUGGGCGGCUAUUGAUGUAAAUACCGAAAUCGGAUUCGGGCAGAGGAUACGCACCGAAUUGCUGGAGCAGCACGAAGAUGGGGACGAUUACCAGCAUCGCCGCUCAGUUGCCAUCAUGCGGGCGUUGCUGGAUACUUGGUUCCUCAUUUGCUACUUGGUCAGCUUCUACAUUGUCUACAAGUGCCGCAACUAUUUCCUGCAUCUAAACGGAGCCAAGGUGGCCAAGCAAGGAACCGUCGAAUAUCAUACACCACCCAAAGGAUCCAUUGCU